UUCAAGAUGCUGGGCAAGAGAUGGUGGCGUCUUCUGUCACGCCAGGAUCAGGCAAAUCAAAGCUGGACACAUUGCCCAAAGAAGACCUCAUCAAGUUUGCAAAAAAGCAAGUGAUGCUUAUACAGAAAGUGAAGUCAAGAUGUACAGAACUAGAGAAAGAGAUUGAGGAACUCAGAUCUAAAGCAGCUACUGGAGGAGCUGAUGAUAUUAUUCAGGCUCUCACAGAAAGACUGGAUGUUGUACUUCUGGAAAAAGCUGAAAGUCAGCAGCAGUGCUUAGCUCUGAAAAAAGAAAAUAUUCAAAGAAAGCAAGAAGCAGAGGCUGCAGCGGCUAAGACAGAAGAAUUGCAGAAGCAACUGGAGCAAUUAAGUAUUGACUCUCUGAAAGAAAGAAAAGCUCUGAAGAGUGAAUUAGCAAAUGCACAAUGCAAACACAAUGAGGACUUAACAAAGCUGAAAAUAGAAUUAGAGGAACAAGUGAAGAAACAAAUGGGGCUGGUGGAACAGAUUGAACAUCAUAGUGAUAGUCAAAAAGAAGUUAAAAGAUUACAAGAUUAUAUCCAAAGAAUUAAAUCUACAUAUGAGGAGCAAAUUUUGUGUCUGAGCAAGCAGUUGGAAACUGUGAAUGAAGACAAAAACAAAGAAGUGACAAAUCUGCAAGAAACUAUUAAAAGCAACUCUCAGUGUUACCAUAAUGAAAUCAAUAAUCUGAAUGAAGAGCUUAAAAGAUUAAAAAUUGCCCAUCAGGAAGAGGUGUCAGAGUUGAUGCAUCAGAUUGAAAUAUCUUGUAAAGAAAAUGAAGAAAAGCAAAAUCAGAUAAAUCAGUUACAGCACAAUUUGGCAGAGGAGGGCUUAAUAAAAGAGAAAAAUGCGAAGGAUGAAAUGUGUGCUCAUACUGACCAGCGUGAAUAUGACUUGGAGCAGCUGAGAGAAGUCUUAAAUAAAAAUGUAGAAAGCAAGAUAGGUCUUGUAGACACACAAGAAGAACCUUGUGUAGAAGCAAAAAUGGAAGAAAAGGUUAGGCACCUGGAGCAUAGCUUAGAAGAGCUCCAGUCCCAACAUAGUAUAUUAAAAGAUGAGUUAACUUACAUGAGUAAUGUUAAACUAAAACUGGAAGAGGAGAUCCAUCGCAUAAAGGACGAGUACUUUCAUGAGCGGGAAGACUUGGACUUUAAGAUAAAUGAAUUGCAGCUUACUAAAGAAGAUUACUGUGGUGUAAUCGAAAAACUGAAAUUGGAGCUUCAAGCAGCAAGACAGCACUGUGAAACCGCUGUGAAAGAGCAUACGUUAGAAACUCAAACUCUGAAAGAGCAACAUAAGAGAGAAAUUUCUGAACUAAAUGAAACUUUAUUAUCUGGUUCUGAAAAAGAAAAGAUGGCAUUAGUUUUUGAAAUGCAGGAGCUUAGAGAACAGCUUGAAAAGCUAACUCAGGAGAAAGAAGAAGCAGUAUCCAAUUACAACAGCCUGAGAGAAACAAUGGAAACUCUACAGACUGAGCUAGGGGAAUCUGCUGGAAAGAUCAGCCAGGAGUUUGAAUCAAUGAGACAACAGCAAGCUUCUGAUGUCAGUGAACUGCAACAGAAACUCCGAGCUGCUUUCAAUGAAAAGGAUGUUCUUCUUGAAACUGUGAAUCGCCUCCAGGAAGAAACAGAAAAAUUGUCAUCUAAUCUGCUAGAGAUAGAAGAACUUAAAUGUAAAAUUGCUAGUCUUCAGGAGGAGAAUAACACAAUAACGAGCUCCCUCACUGCUGUGAAAGAACUGGAAGAGAAGAUCAUUGCUCUUACUGAUCAAAACAAGGAUAUUUCAAAUGAAGUAAAAUGCUUGGGUGAAGAGAGAGAAAACCUUCAGGAAAGGUGCAAGCAAGAACAAAGAAAAGUUCAGGAACUUCAGCAAGAAGUAGGUGUUGCUAACCAGUACAACAGCGACCUGAAGAAAAAGGUGGAGGAAUUAACAGAGAGACUGAACGAAGCUUUAACUAGGAAGAGUGAAAGUGCUCAAACGUUAGAGCAACUGGAAAACCAGAUUGAAACUCUGGUGCGUGAAAGAGAGAACCUUUCAUCUGAAGCAUAUACUCUUCGUGAGGAAAAUAAGAAAAUCAUUCAGGAAAAAGGCGAAUUAAGUGAAGAGCUGGAAAAGUUUACAUCUGAAAAAGAUGGUUGGUUAGUGUUGAAAGAGCAGUCUGAAAACUUAGAAAAAAACCUACAAAUGAUGACUGCAGAAAAAGACCAUAUAUCAACAUUACUUGAAAGUGAAAAAGCGCACAGAUCCCUUGUAAGAACUCAGCUGUACCACUUACUUGAGCAAGUGGGGUCCAGCGUUUCUGAUGCUGAUGAAGAAUAUGAUUCUUUUAACUUGUUACAAAUUGCAAAUGAAUGCUUGGCAAAAAUGAAAGAAGAGCAGUGCCUUGCUGUACAGAACGAGGAGAAAGUUCUUCAUUUGCAGCGGGAAGUUGAGAGACUAGAGGAAGAAAAUGCAGCUCAAUAUGCAGAACAUAGAUCCCUGAUUCAGGAUUUUGAAAAAGAAAAGGAUCUCUUGAGAGAAGAAUUGGAAGGCGUGUUGUCUGAAAAAGAAGCACUUCAACAUGAUAUCCAGGAGCUGAAGAAUGCCAGUGAAAAAACAAGGAUUGAAAAUCAAGAUCUCUUAGCUAAUACUGAAGAAAUCACUCAAAAACUUGCUUUUUAUGAAAGUCAAAUACAAGAACAGCAAAAAGGAUCAGAAAAACAAGACGACUUAAAUUUGAUUCUGGAACAAAAGGAAACUGAGCUUAGAAAUGUGAAAGACGAACUGAGUUCUCUAAAGAAUUUAAUGGAGACAUUGACUGAGAAAACUGAUCAACAGUCUUCGGUAGCAGAGCUUCAAGCAAAAAUUGGAAGGCUGGAAAAAGAAUCUGCAGAAAAAGGAGAGAAGCUAAAUAAAAUUAAGGUUGUUGCUGUGAAAGCAAAGAAAGAAUUAGAUGCCAGCCGAAAAGAGAUGCAGACUCUGAGGGAAGAAUUGGAGUUGGUUCGAUCAGAAAAAGAUCAGUUGUCUGCUUCAAUGAAAGAUGUCAUUCAAGGAGCUGAAAGCUAUAAGAAUCUUUUGAUGGAAUACGAUAAGCAAGGAGAACUGCUGGAUUCUGAGAAAGGCAGAGCAAAUAAUCUUGAACGUCAGAUAGAUGACCUCACAAGACAGCUACAGGUGUCAUCCCAGCAGCAUGAUCAGUUACAGUCUGCUAAUGAAGACCUCCUGGCUCGUGUUGAAACACUGCAAUGUAAUGCUAAGCUUCUGGAAGCUCAGAUACUGGAGAUACAAAGAGCCAAGGCAAAGGCUGACAAAGAACUAGAAGCUGAAAAGCUUCUAAAAGAACAGAAAACAAAGGAACAUAGUGGUGCUCUCCGAGAAAUGGAGGAGCUUCAGAUGCAACUUCAGAAGGAAAAGAAACAUCUGCAGAAAACUCUGCAAGAACUAGAGCUGGCCAGGAAGGAUGCUCAAAAGAGUACACUGAUGGAUAUGGAAAUAGCUGAUUAUGAAAGGCUAGUAAAAGAACUUAAUCAGAAGAUUACUGAUAAAGACAGCAGAAUAGAAGAUCUCGAGCAAGAGACGGGGAUUCAGAAACAGAAGCAAGAGACCCUACAGGAGGAAAUAAAGUCACUUCAGUCAGCUAUGCAACAGGAUGAGGACAGAAAUGCCAAGAUAAAACAACUCCUGGUGAAAACCAAAAAAGAACUUGCUGAUUCAAAACAAGCUGAAAAUGACCAUCUGAUGUUGCAGGCAUCAUUAAAAGGGGAACUGGAAGCCAGUCAACAACAAGUGGAAGCCUAUAAGAUUCAAGUGGCUGUACUAACAUCAGAAAAGCAUAAAGUUCAGGAACACCUGCGAACUUCUUCAGAGCAACACCAGCGUACGUUGAGUACUUACCAGCAAAAAAUUGCAACCUUGCAAGAAGAGUGCAGAGCAGCCCAGGCUGAACAAGCAUCUGUUACAUCUGAAUUCGAGAGCUACAAAGUCCGUGUUCAUAAUGUUCUAAAGCAGCAAAAGAAUAAAUCUGCUUCUCAGACAGAAUCUGAGGGAGCCAAACAAGAAAGAGAACAGUUGGAAAUGGUGAUAGAUCAACUUAAAGUUAAGCUGCAAGAUGCUCAGCAUAAUUCACAGAUGAAUGCGUCUGAACUCCAGGCGUUGCAGUCUGAACAUGACACCCUGCUGGAAAGACACAAUAAGAUGCUGCAAGAGACUGUUGCAAAAGAGGCAGAACUCCGUGAAAAGCUCUGCACAAUACAAUCUGAGAACAUGGUCAUGAAAACAGAGCAUGCCCAGGCUUUGAGUCAGCUGACAGCCCAGAACGAAGCUCUCCGGAACAAUUUCAGAGAUCAAGUCAGGAACCUGCAAGAAGAGCACAGGAAGACAGUAGAGACACUUCAGCAGCAAUUGUCCAGAGUAGAAGCUCAGCUCUUCCAACUUAAGAGUGAACCAAGCACUAGAGGUCCAGCUGUUUCAAAUCCAGCAACGAAGAACUUAAGAGAACGGCGAAACACUGACCUUCCUGUUCUCGAUGUGCACACUGUAGCUAGGGAGGAGGGAGAAGGCAUGGAAACAACGGACACAGAGUCUAUCUCUUCAGGCAGCACCUAUGUACCAUCCUUGGAACAACUUCUGAACUCCCCAGAAGCAAAACUCGAACCAUCUCAGUGGCAAACAGAACUCACCAAGGAUGAGCUGAUUCAGAAACUAAACACAACAGCGAAGAGUGCUGAUCACUUGAAUGAAUUACUUCGUGAAUCAGAAGCAACCAAUGCAAUCCUAAUGGAACAAAUAAAGCUUCUUAAAAAUGAAAUAAGAAGAUUGGAAAGAAAUCAAGAGAGAGAAAAGUCUGUGGCUAAUCUAGAAUACCUGAAGAAUGUUCUAUUGCAGUUCAUAUUUCUAAAAUCAGGAAGCGAGAAAGAAAGGCUGCUCCCAGUAAUAGACACCAUGUUGCAGCUCAGCCCUGAAGAGAAGGGGAAGCUAGUUGCAAUUGCCCAAGGUAGGUGGUGUUCAAAACAUUGUCGCAAAAAAAAGAAAAGUGGAAGUGAGGAAGAGAGUACCUCACGGCCCUCUGGGUGGGCUUCGUACCUCCACAGCUGGUCAGGACUUCGAUGA